GGAUAGUGGCUGGGGGGGCGGUGUGGAGUGAAUGGUACAAGCCACACUUGUCAGGGGAGUGCGAUUUGAAAGGCUUGGAGGGGCAGAGCAGGCACCCUUGGGGAGGGAACCCAGGCACGGAGGGCCUGGGGUGACUGGGAUGUUCCAGGUGUGGACAGAGGUGUGGCAGCUAUGAGGGCGGGAAGGAUGGAUGCUUGGGGAACUUACGAAAGGAACACUGAGAUGAGGAAGGCUGAGGAGAUGGAAGUGUAUUGUGGGGGAGGGAGAAACCAGCGGGAGCUCAAGGCGAGUGUGGGGUACAGGAGAGGAUGAUGGAAAUAGGGAAGACACCAAGGUCACUUCUAGACAAGUUGAGGUCGGGGGGACAGGAGGAGGUGCUGACUACCAGAUGAGAGUGCUCAGCACACACCAUCUGGAGAGGACAGGUGCAGCCAUGACUCCUUCCUGUUGAGUUCUAGAGCCAACAGGACUCCUCAGCUGUCUCUGGUCCAACCAACUUCAUCAUUUUAGAGAGAAGGAGGCUGAGGCCCUGAGGGUGAGGUGACUGGUCAGUGUGUCCUGGAGAGAGGAUGGAAGGUGGAAAGGGGAGAUUAUAAGAGAGGGAAGGAUACAGUUUUUCAGAUGGGAAGAAGAGAAGCCAGUGAAGGACAGAAAGGAAGACGAAGGACUUUGGAGCAUUUCAAGUCAUUCUGACAGCAUCCAAGAGGAACACAACGUUUUUGGGUGUGGGGGAUACAGAAGGGGACCUACCCCUUUGCCCUCUGCCCUUAGGCUUGUUUGGCCAUAGCCAUCAGCAAUUAGGAAGAUGACCUGCCCCCCAGCUGCAGUGAGGGCCUCACUGGGACUGUGGGGAGGCUCCAGUGCCUGGUACUGGGCAUGGUGUUGGCACAGGGCGCAGGGGAAAGGGGAGAGAAGCACCCACACCCCACAGCCUUGUCUUCUGCAGUCACUGUGCACAGCUGUAAACCUUGGUGUUGCCAAGCCCAUCCUGCGUAGGCGGGAGUCUCCAGGCCUGGCAUUGGGUGUGACUUGGAAAGAUGAGCUGUUGUCUAGGGAUGCACCCGCCUCCUCAGGUCUUCCUUUCAUCUGAUGCCCCCUUCUGCACUGCCGGCUAGCCAGGGUCAUCACAGUACCACCUGAAGGUCUGCAACCAGGCCUGUCCUCCCUGCAGCCCGGCUCUAGCCACCUCUUCUCCCUUCCCUGCUCCUCUCUCACUGCCUCCAGGAAACCGUCAUUCCUUGGAGCUGCCAGGCUCAGCACAGAGAGGAAAGGACUCAUUGAAUAGGUUUGCCAUGAAGUUGUGAGUGGCUACUAGCCUCUUCUCCCACAGGGAUAUCUGAAUUUUAGGAGUCUGCCCUCCGCCCCCUGCCCCCCAGGUUUAACCAAGCACCUGAGCACCGAGCACUAUGCUGGACAUUUUGAUAUGCAUUGUUUCCUUUGGUCCUUCUGGUGGCCUUAUUGGGCAGGUGUUAUACUCUCUCCUUUUCCAAAUGGGGAAACCAAGGUCCUGAGAGUUUGAGCAAGUUCCCCCAAGAUGACACAUCUGGGAAGUGGUAAAGCUGGGACAAGACCAGGCAGCACUUACCUACCAAGGUACGACUUGGUCAUUCAAAAGAAAUCUAAUAACAGAUGGUGAUGAAAGAGAGCCAUGUAGAUGAUGGACUCCAUGUAAGAGGAUCCUUCACUGAGGGCCUGGGGCUGCAGGAGGCUCUAUGAAACACUGGGAGUGUUCGUGAAACUGUCUGUGUGCACAUGAUCUGCUCGUUUUUCAGCAGAGGGCUCCUCCAGGCCAGAUGGACCCUCCCCGUCUAAACCCAGGGUUCCUGUGGUCAGAAGGCUGGUCACUGAGUAAGGGCACCUGAGACUCUGGUCCUGCUAUCUCUCCUCUGGUUCUCAUUCUGAGAUCCCAGAAGGCCGACAGCUGACUGCAAAAGAGGGUGGCGAUGUUCCUUCUGAUGGCCAGUGGGGUGGGCAUUGAUACAGUUGAAUGGUUAGGACUUUGGAGCUCAAGAGGCUUCGGGAAUGGCCCAGUCCAACCUCCUCACUUUACCAGAGGAGGAAAUUGGGACUCAGAGAGGAACCCGACAUGCCCAUGAUCACCCAGUGAGUUAGUGGCAGAAAAUGUUUUAUGCAUUUGUAGGUCUGCUGCAGAGAUCUGUAGGCUGUAAAGUUAAGCAAGGCAAAAUCAACACUUACUGAGCCUCACAUCCAUGCCAUGCAUGGUGCUGGCACUUCCACAGCCACUAUCGUCUUCACCCUGUGUUGCCGGAGAGUUCGGGUUGAUGUCCCACCUCUGCCAUCGUUUUCCCCUUGCACAGGUGAUGCUGACAUUAGAGGACAAGUAUAUGAAGGGAGUCACCUGGGCCAUAGCCCCGGCCUUGACCUCCCUGGGCUACCUGCUCAUCCUGCUGGUGUCUGUCUUUCCCUUCUGGGUGCGGCUCAUGAACGAGGAUUCCCAUGAAGUGUUUUUCAGUGGCCUGUUUGAGAACUGCUUCCAUAUCAAGUGCUGGAAGCCUCGACCCUUAUCCAUUUACAUCAUCCUCGGCCGGGUUUUCCUGCUCUCUGCAGUCAUACUGGCUUUCCUCACCACCUUCAUCAUGGUGUCCUUUGCAUCUGAGCUCUUCCCAAGGACCCGGAAGUACAAUUUUGUGUCAGCCUUCAUCAGCUUCCUCACAGGGGCCUGUGCCUUCCUGGCCUUGGUGCUGCAUGCCCUGGAGAUCCAGGAUCUGAGGAUGAAGCCCAGUCCCCCAGAGUUCUUCGUGCAGUGGCCUUACUACGUCCUGGGCUUCAGCAUCCUUUUGUUUGUGGUGGCUGGUGCCAUCUGCCUUUCUCAAGAAAUAGCCUGCCCCAGCUGCCAUCUGUUGCCCACUUCCCAGAAUAUUGAGGAGUCCCAGGGGACCCUGCAGUUGGACAAGCUGGAGAGUUUGGGAGGAGAACUGAGCUCAGUACAAAAGGAGACACUGCUGAAGGAAGAAACAGUUAUUUAGCCCAGGAUGUUGUCCCUCUACCCUCUUCGAGCUGGGUGAGUGCACGUGUAGGCGUAUGUACCUCCCACUUCUCCACCAGCGUCUGCUGCCUUUGAGGAGCUUUCUUGAGUGUUGAAUCAACCCUCCACAUCCCCAUACUCAGAGUGAUUCUGUCUUCCUUGUAUCUGAAAUUUCUUAAAAGUUCUUUGAACUCC